ACUGUCCACCGAUCCUGGUCCUGAAACAAAAUGGCUGGCAGCAGGAACCCGGAGUGAGCAGAGAGCGGGCAGAGCGAGCAGGAUGCCAUUUCCUCUCGAGCUCCCCGCUGCCCAGAAGCAGGACCUUCGCUGAGUCCUAACUCCCGAAGGAGCGGGGUCCUCCGGAAGAGCCGCCGCCGGCUCCAAGUAACAUGUCUUUGCUCUGCGUUGGAGUUAAAAAAGCUAAGUUUGACGGAGCUCAAGAGAAAUUCAACACAUACGUGACCCUGAAGGUGCAAAAUGUCAAGAGCACAACUAUCGCAGUGCGGGGCAACCUGCCAUGCUGGGAGCAGGAUUUCAUGUUUGAAAUUAAUCGCUUGGACCUGGGCCUGACGGUAGAAGUUUGGAACAAGGGGCUCAUCUGGGACACUAUGGUGGGCACAGUGUGGAUUCCACUCAGGACCAUCCGCCAGUCGAAUGAGGAAGGACCUGGGGAGUGGCUCACCCUCGAUUCCCAGGUCAUCAUGACUGACAAUGAGAUCUGUGGCACCAAAGACCCGACCUUCCACCGCAUUCUCCUGGACACCCGUUUUGAGCUGCCCCUGGACAUCCCUGAGGAGGAGGCUCGAUACUGGGCCAAAAAGCUGGAGCAGCUCAAUGCCAUGCGGGACCAAGAUGAAUACUCAUUCCAAGAGGAGCAGGACAAGCCACUACCCGUUCCUGGCUCUCAGUGCUGCAACUGGAAUUAUUUUGGCUGGGGAGAGCAGCAGAAUGAGGAUCCUGACAGCGCCGUGGAUGACCGAGACAGUGAUUAUCGCAGCGAGACUAGCAACAGUAUCCCACCCCCCUACUACACCACCUCCCAGCCCAAUGCCUCUGUCCACCAGUAUCCCAUGAGGCACCAGCAGAGCUCCCGGGAUUCCUACACCGAUUCCAUGCAGAGUUAUGAGAUGGACUUUUCCGAUCAGCGGCCCAUCAGAUGCUACGGUAGCGUAGACUCUGCCCCAAAUGGGCGCAGCGACGCCGAGUCCGCGUCGGGCUCGAGCCGGCAUACCGGCCGCCAGUACUCCUUAGACCUAUCGGAUAGCCCGACUGGCAGCAGCCGCUAUGCCUCUUCUGGGGAGCUGAGCCAGGGCAGCUCUCAGCUGAGCGACGACUUUGACCCAGACAAUGAGAGCCUGCAGGGCUCAGAGAUUGAAGAAGAGCGUGACGGAGACUCCUACCACUCCUGCCACAGCUCUGUCAGCUACCACAAGGACUCACCCCGUUGGGACCGGGAGGAAGAUGAGGAAGAGGAGGACCUUACCCGUGAGGGCUACAGCGAGAAUGAGGAAGAUUACCCCAAGGAGGAGGAGGAAGAGGAGGAGGAAGAGGAGGAGGAAGAGGAGGAGGAGCUCCGGGAAAUCCCUGGGAAAGAGGCCUACCCUCCCCCAACCCCUGCUCCAGCUGAGCUAGAAGAGAAGCCCCCAGUCAUCCCCACUGCAGCUCCUGAGGGGCCCAAGGUGUUGCCAGAGUCAUUGGUGGCAGAGGAGACCCCAAAAUCUGAUCGGACCACUGAACCAGAGCCUCCUAAGCCAGAGGAGAGUUACAGGGUUGGGGAGGAUGCGGAGGGCCAGGAUUCCAUGUCACGAGCCAAAGCCAACUGGUUGAGGGUGUUCAACAAAGUGCGGCUGCAGCUCCAGGAGGCCCGGGGAGAAGGUGAAAUGACCAAAUCCCUCUGGUUUAAAGGCGGGCCAGGAGGCGGUCUCAUCAUCAUAGACAGCAUGCCCGACAUUCGCAAGAGAAAACCCAUCCCCCUAGUUAGCGAUCUGGCCAUGUCUCUGGUUCAGUCCCGGAAGGCUGGCAUCACGUCGGCCCUCACCUCCAGCACCUUAAACAACGAAGAGCUAAAAAACCAUGUUUACAAGAAGACGCUUCAAGCCUUAAUCUACCCUAUCUCCUGCACCACGCCUCACAACUUCGAGGUGUGGACGGCCACCACGCCCACCUACUGCUACGAGUGCGAGGGGCUGCUGUGGGGCAUCGCCCGUCAGGGCAUGCGCUGCACCGAGUGUGGGGUCAAGUGCCACGAGAAGUGCCAGGACCUGCUCAACGCCGACUGUCUGCAGAGAGCGGCAGAGAAGAGUUCCAAACAUGGGGCAGAGGACCGAACCCAGAAUAUCAUCAUGGUGCUGAAGGAUCGAAUGAAAAUCCGUGAACGCAACAAGCCUGAGAUCUUUGAGCUGAUCCAGGAGAUCUUUGCUGUCUCCAAGACGACCCACACACAACAGAUGAAGGCCGUAAAGCAAAGCGUGCUGGACGGCACUUCCAAAUGGUCAGCCAAGAUCAGCAUCACCGUGGUCUGUGCCCAAGGUCUGCAGGCAAAGGAUAAGACGGGUUCCAGCGAUCCCUAUGUCACUGUCCAGGUUGGCAAGACGAAGAAACGGACUAAAACCAUCUAUGGGAACCUCAACCCAGUGUGGGAGGAGAACUUCCACUUCGAAUGCCACAACUCAUCAGAUCGCAUCAAGGUGCGUGUGUGGGAUGAGGACGAUGACAUCAAGUCCCGGGUGAAGCAACGUUUCAAGCGUGAGUCGGAUGACUUCCUGGGCCAGACCAUUAUCGAGGUGCGCACCCUGAGCGGCGAGAUGGACGUCUGGUACAAUCUGGAUAAGCGGACUGACAAGUCAGCUGUGUCCGGAGCCAUACGGUUGCAUAUCAGUGUGGAGAUCAAGGGUGAGGAGAAGGUGGCACCAUACCACGUCCAGUACACGUGUCUACACGAGAACCUGUUCCACUUUGUGACGGAUAUGCAAAACAACGGAGUGGUGAAAAUCCCCGAUGCCAAGGGUGACGAUGCCUGGAAGGUCUACUAUGAUGAGACAGCCCAGGAGAUCGUGGACGAGUUUGCCAUGCGCUAUGGUGUUGAGUCCAUCUACCAGGCCAUGACCCACUUCGCCUGCCUCUCCUCCAAAUACAUGUGUCCCGGGGUGCCGGCUGUCAUGAGCACCCUGCUGGCCAAUAUCAACGCCUACUAUGCCCAUACCACAGCCUCCACCAACGUCUCUGCCUCCGACCGUUUUGCUGCCUCCAACUUUGGGAAAGAGCGGUUUGUGAAACUCCUGGAUCAGCUGCACAAUUCCCUCCGGAUUGACCUAUCCAUGUACCGAAAUAACUUCCCUGCCAGCAGUCCUGAGAGGCUCCAGGACCUGAAGUCAACGGUGGAUCUUCUCACCAGCAUUACUUUCUUCCGGAUGAAGGUACAGGAGCUGCAGAGCCCACCCCGUGCCAGCCAGGUGGUGAAGGACUGCGUCAAGGCCUGUCUCAACUCGACCUACGAGUACAUCUUCAAUAACUGCCAUGAGCUAUACAGCCGCGAGUACCAGACCGACCCUGCCAAGAAGGGGGAAGUGCCCCCUGAGGAACAGGGGCCCAGCAUCAAGAACCUAGAUUUUUGGUCUAAACUCAUCACCCUCAUCGUCUCCAUCAUCGAAGAAGACAAGAAUUCAUACACUCCCUGCCUCAACCAAUUUCCCCAGGAGCUGAAUGUGGGCAAGAUCAGUGCUGAGGUGAUGUGGAACCUGUUUGCUCAAGAUAUGAAAUAUGCGAUGGAAGAGCACGACAAGCACCGGCUGUGUAAAAGCGCCGACUACAUGAACCUGCACUUCAAGGUCAAGUGGUUGUACAACGAGUAUGUGGCAGACCUGCCUGCCUUCAAGGACCGUGUGCCCGAGUACCCCGCGUGGUUUGAGCCAUUUGUGAUCCAGUGGCUGGAUGAGAAUGAGGAGGUCUCCCGGGAUUUCCUCCACGGAGCGCUGGAACGGGACAAGAAGGACGGGUUCCAGCAGACCUCGGAGCACGCCCUCUUCUCCUGCUCCGUGGUGGACGUCUUCUCCCAGCUCAACCAGAGUUUCGAGAUCAUCAAGAAGCUGGAGUGCCCUGACCCCCAGAUUGUCGGCCACUACAUGCGCAGAUUUGCCAAGACCAUCAGCAACGUGCUGCUUCAGUAUGCUGACAUCAUCUCCAAGGACUUCGCCUCCUACUGUUCAAAGGAAAAGGAGAAAGUGCCCUGCAUCCUCAUGAAUAACACUCAGCAGCUCCGGGUGCAGUUGGAGAAGAUGUUUGAGGCCAUGGGGGGAAAGGAGUUGGAUGCUGAGGCCAGCGACAUCCUGAAGGAGCUGCAGGUGAAACUAAACAACGUCCUGGAUGAGCUCAGCAGAGUCUUUGCCACCAGCUUCCAGCCACACAUCGAGGAGUGCGUGAAGCAGAUGGGAGAUAUCCUGAGCCAGGUAAAGGGCACAGGUAAUGUGCCAGCCAGUGCCUGCAGCAGCGUCGCCCAGGAUGCAGACAAUGUCUUACAGCCCAUCAUGGACCUGUUGGACAGCAACUUGACCCUGUUUGCCAAAAUAUGCGAGAAGACAGUCCUGAAGCGGGUGUUGAAGGAGCUCUGGAAGCUGGUGAUGAACACUAUGGAGAAGACCAUUGUCCUCCCACCACUUACUGACCAGACGAUGAUUGGAACGCUCUUGAGAAAACAUGGCAAGGGAUUAGAGAAGGGCAGGGUGAAGCUUCCCAGCCACUCAGACGGGACACAGAUGAUCUUCAAUGCAGCCAAGGAACUGGGGCAGCUCUCCAAGCUUAAGGACCACAUGGUGAGGGAAGAAGCCAAGAGCCUGACCCCCAAGCAGUGUGCGGUGGUAGAGCUGGCUCUGGACACAAUUAAGCAAUAUUUCCAUGCAGGAGGGGUUGGGCUGAAGAAAACCUUCCUAGAGAAGAGUCCAGACCUACAGUCCCUGCGUUACGCUCUGUCGCUCUACACUCAGGCCACUGACCUGCUCAUCAAAACCUUCGUCCAGACUCAGUCCUCUCAGGUUCAUGGUGGAAAAGGUAUUAGGUUUACCCUUAGUGAAGAAAUUUAUCCUGAGAAGGGAUCAGGUGUGGACGACCCCGUCGGAGAGGUGUCUGUGCACGUGGAGCUCUUCACCCAUCCAGGCACGGGAGAGCACAAGGUCUCCGGGAAAGUGGUGGCAGCGAACGACCUGAAAUGGCAGACAUCUGGCAUCUUCCGUCCCUUCAUCGAGGUCAACAUCAUUGGGCCUCAGCUCAGCGACAAGAAGAGGAAAUUUGCUACCAAGUCCAAAAACAACAGCUGGGCCCCCAAGUACAACGAGAACUUCCAAUUCACUCUUAGCAGCGAGACAGGUCCCGAAUGCUAUGAGCUGCAGGUGUGCGUCAAGGACUACUGCUUCGCCCGAGAAGACCGCACCGUGGGCAUCGCCGUGCUGCAGCUGAAGGACAUGAUGCAGCGGGGGAGCUGCGCCUGCUGGCUGCCCCUGGGUCGCCGCGUGCACAUGGAUGACACAGGCCUCACGGUGCUGCGCAUCCUGUCCCAGCGCAACAACGACGAAGUGGCCAAGGAAUUUGUCAAGCUCAAGUCCGACACCCGCUCAGCUGAAGAGGGCGGUGCCCCGCCUGCCACCUAAGGAGCUCUGGAAGGGGGGGGACACAGGGGCCACCCUCCCUCUGACACCCCCACACCCACUCUCUCGUACCCACCCAAAAGCCAUACAGGUUGUCCCUAAUGAGAGCUCACCACUCCCACCCCGGCUACCUCCCAGGAAGGAGCCCUGGGGCCUGCCUGGCUCCGUGCCCCUUCCCCCUCCGUGGCCGGUCCCAGGAGGAGAUGGGCCAUAUGGGAGGAAGAGCCAGCCCGGGGGCCCUGGGGGAGAAAAGUGAGCAGCCCCGGGGGUGAGUCCCAGGGAAGAGAAGGGGUAGGAGAGGCGAGGGCUCAGAGGCUGGGCCUUUGCUAUGCAGGGGCCCUCAACCUCCACCUUCCCCAUCGGUCAGCUCCUCCCUUCCUCCUCCCCACCCCAAUCCCUCCGAGAGGGCUCCUUGGGCAGACCACUCGAGGACCGGAGGUUACACAAGGAUUGCACCCCCAAAGUAUCGCUAUGAAAAGCACACACUUCCAGAGUCUGUUCUGCACAAGGAGCAAGGAGCUCCUCUCUGGAGCAUAAGAGCAGGGAGCUGGGAGCCAGCACCACCAUCCUGACUGAGGGCCAAUGCCCCCGCCACCCGCCUGCCUGCCUGCCUGCCUGCCUGUCCAUCCGUCCGUCCGCCUGCCUGCCUGUCAAAGCCCAGGGCCCUCCGCGGUCCCGCUGCCGCCUUCCACGAAGUCCUGUGCUGGGGGCAGGACUGCUCUGGUCCCGGAGAUCGAGCCCAGGGAAACGGGCGGAGAAUUACCAAAUAAUGGGCCCUCCCGCCCCCUCCCCCUCUCUCCUGGCCCCUGGGUGAAAGCACGGAGGAUGGGGCUCCUGCCCUGGACUGGCUGACGGGGGCAGGGUGGCAGCCCAGCAGGCUGUCCCUGGCUUAGGUGGCACCCCUCAAGCCCUCUCUGGGGUCUCUGCAGCCAGGGGAGGAGCUCUCGAUGCCAAUCGGUCCCUCCUCCCAACCCAGGACUCAGCGAGGGCAAAGGGCUGGACCUCAGACCUCUGAGCUCUGUUGUUGUUGCCGCUGCUCUCCCUCCUCCUUACCCCCUGCAAUCAAGUUCCCAGGCAGGCCCUUAGCCUCUCCGCCCUCCUGUCCCCAGGCCCAUCGGCUGGAGAGCCAGUACGGAACAGGGAGUGGUUCGCUGGCAAGAAGGGCUUUUUCACUGACGUGCCAGGGGCCGGGGCCGGGCCCAAGGGUCCUACUCAACUCCCUCCCUCGCCCCUUCAUUCCCUUCGCCUUCUGGGCACCCCCCUUCCCACCCUACUUCAGCCCCUUCCCUGGAACUCAGACUCUGAAACCGACGGUGGCUGACAUUCCCUCACUGCCACCCUCUACGGGCUAGAGGUCAAGCAGAGAGUGCAGCUCCCCUCCCCCCCACCCCCGACUCCCACUGGCCUCCUGCUCCAGGACUCAGGCCGGUUAAGCCAUGGAAGAUUUUUUUUAAUCCCGCCCACUGAGCAGCAUGACCCCGACUGGCAUAUUUUCAUUUUUGUGACCUUGCGCCAAGGAAGGAAGCUUCCUCCCCUCCUGUCCCUGGCCCCAGCUCCACCUUCUUCCCCUUCUGCCAAGGACUGCAUUCUGGAGGCCUGUGAAAAUACACAGGGAAGCAGAACUGCA